UCUCUUUAUAUAAUUAUGGUUGGUGGGAAGAGAUUUGGCGUUCUACUUUGCGCCGAGGAUUCUGAUUAUGUUAAGAAGAGAUACGGUGGUUAUUUUGGCGCCGAGGAAGGCGAGACCUGUGACUUUUUCAUGGUGGCCAAGGGUGAAUUCCCCGACGACGAUGCGAAGUCUUCGUUAUAACCGGGAGCUGCAACGAUGUUCACGCCAACCACGCUUGGAUCUGUCGUUUGGUUUCUUUGUUGAACAAGCUGGAUUCGUUGAAGAAGAAGGUUCUCGGGAUUUGCUUUGGUCACCAGAUUCCGAGCCGUGCACGGGGAGGGAAAAGGGGUCGGGCCAUCUCAGGAUGGGAUAUCGGGACCACCACCGUUCAUUUAUCACCGUCUUCAUCGGAACUCUUAUGAUCCCUGAAAAUCUCGACCACUCUAUCCAUCAUCGAGUGCCAUCGAUACGAGGUACUGGAAGUUGCACCGGGAGCUGAAGUGAUGGCAUGGUCGGAGAAAACAGGGGUGGAGAUGUUUAGAUACGGGGAUCAUAUCAUGGGGAUUCAAGGUCACCCUGAAUACACCAAUGACAUUUUGCUUCACCUCAUCGAUCGUCUUUUGCACAAAAGUUUUAUUGCGGAAUCAUUAUGCUGAAGAGUUGAAGGCGAAGCUGGGGAAAGUUGAGCCUGAUAAAGAUGCAUGGAAGAAAUUUUGCAUUAGCUUCCUCAAGGGGAGAUUGCCAU